UUUGGGGCAUUACAGUCCUAAAUUGAAGGUAUUUAGCAGCAAUUCUAUGGCUACAAGGACAUAUACUAUUAAUGACAAAAAGCAUGAAGAAAUGGAGUUGGUGAUGGCUAGACAAAGUCCGUUCAAAGAUAAUAAGGUCAUUUUCCCUAACCUAAAAUAUUUGUACACUGAUUGGAGUGAAGCAAUAGAGGAGAUAUUUGACAUGAGUCAACUUGGAGAUGGUGAGACUUAUGACCUGGUAAACACGAGUUUAAAGACACUGCAUAUUUACAAUGCUCAUAUGAUGAAUCAUCUGUUUGGAGACCCAGAAUAUGCUCAACCAUCAAAUUCUUUUGUCUUUCAAAACUUAGAAUCUCUGUAUGUUCGGGAAUGUAGCAGAUUACAGAGCUUUGCGCCAUCAUUUAUGUCUUUCCACAAAUUGAAAACUCUUAAAGUAUCAGGAUGCCAUGGGCUGACGUAUCUGUUCGCCUCCUCAACCGCAGCAACUCUGGUACAUCUCAGAGUAAUGAGCAUAAUUGAUUGCAAACGAAUGAGGGAGAUUAUUAAUAGAGAUUAUUAUAAGGAAUGUCAAAUAGUAGAAAGUGAACACCAUGAGUUUGUUUUCCAGAGAUUGGAGGAAUUAGAGCUUCAUGAUUUACCCAGUCUUGAAAGCUUCUACUCAGGAAAUAAAGUUGUGAGUUUUCCAAAAUUGGAAAAAAUAUCUCUGAAGGGAUGCCAUAAGAUGAGGAGAUUUUCACAUGGAAAUAUAUGUACCUCCACACUAGUCAACACAAUCAAGGCUGGAGGUGUAAACAUUUGGGAGGGAGAUAUUAAUACAACCCUCACAAAAAUUUGGGAGAAAAAUGUUAUACAACCCUAACAAAAGAUUGGGAAGAUGAUUCUAAUUUUUGAUUAGAUUUACAGCAUUUAUUCGCUCAAGAAAUGGAUGAUCAGUGAAGAGGAUGCUUAAUGAUUAUCUUUUGUGCCUGUGGAACCUACCAAGAAUAAAGCUUUCUUUGAAGCACAUGCUUGUUGAAGAUUUGGAAACACAGUGCUUAAAAGGAACUUUGCAAUUUGGCAACCUGUCCAUACUUUGUUUGUUAGUAGUCACAUAUAUAGAAGUCACAAAUGGAAGACUCAAAGGAGGAAAUUGAUGAACACUUUUUAACAUUACUGUUGAUGAUUUGUUGAUCAAUCUAGGCUUUGUGAAACUGGUUUCUCAUACAAUAAUUGUCUGGCCUUUUCUAUUAUUCAAGUUGUGGGGAUUUGUUUCAUUGUCCAUUGUUCAGAAUGUAUGUUCAUUCAUUAACAAUUUACUUAGGUUAGCCCUUGACAUGUGAUAUGCUGGUUACCUCAGUA